CGCGCACGCACCUUGCUUGUAUAGCUCUGGCAUGAUUUUCCUGCUCGAUUGAUCCCCCGGCCGGCCCUGCCGCUGUCUGACGAAAAGAACGAAGCAAAUCACAAUCGAGGUGGGGGAACAUUUGAUUUUAGUUGCUUGAUUCGAUUGACGUCCUGCUCAAGACCCAUCUGACUCAUCUUCACGUGCCACAUCAUCCAUCCCUCGUACAACACCUCUUCUCCACCAUCCCGUAUCGAAGCGGUUCUAUCACACCCAGGACGCUUGUACUGCUUCGUCGCGUCGACCGCGUCUAAUUCCGCACCGGACUCCAUCGGCAGCGUCUUAGAUCGAACGGCACAGACUUUCUGAAGGUCUGUCGCGUUCGAUUCGCCGUUGCGGAUCCUUCUGCGUUUCAGCACACCUCAUACCGAUCCGUGCUGUUGCUGAGGGCGACGCUUCAAGUCGUUCACAUUCCAGGCGUUCGUCAUGUCCCGCUUCUCUCCCGUCGCAGUGCUGCGCGGCAAUGCCGCUUCCGCGCUGCACAAAAAUGCGUCCAUUCCGGUGGCAGCGCCUCCAAGGGCACCUCCAGGUGUCAUCUCUUCGCUAUACGAAGCCUUCAUGACCGCUUCGCCGACCACGGUGGCCCUCUCCAUCGCGUGUAUCAUCGCUACUGGCCUGCUCUACGAGCAGUACAGGUACCAAACCAAGAAGGCUGGUUUGCCCGGUCCGAAGUGGACCAUUCCAAUCAUUGGAAAGUUUGCGGAUUCCCUCAAUCCUACCAUGGAAAACUACAUCAAGGGUUGGAACUCAGGACCCCUUAGCGUUGCGAGCGUCUUUCACAUCUUCAUUGUGAUUGCCUCAUCCACCGAACACACCAGAAAGAUUUUGAACUCUCCGGCAUUUACGGAGCCUUGCUUGGUUGCCAGCGCAAAGAAGGUCUUGUGUCAUGACAAUUGGGUCUUCUUAAACGGCAAGGUUCAUGUCGACUACCGAAAAGGAUUGAACACGUUGUUCACACGUAAAGCUCUUGGGAUUUACCUUGGCAUUCAGGAAUCCAUCUACAGAAGGCAUUUCAAGGCAUGGCUCGAUGACCCCGACCCUAAGCCUCAGCCAUACAUGAUGCAAUUCAGAGACUUGAAUAUGGAAACCUCCUUGCGCGUCUUCUGCGGGGAUUACAUCUCUGAUGAGGGAGCCAAGGAAAUUUCCGACAAGUACUGGCUCAUCACUGUGGCCCUUGAGCUGGUCAACUUCCCUUUCGCCUUCCCCGGCACCAAGGUCUACAACGCUAUCAAGGCGCGCAAAGUCGCCAUGAAAUGGUUCGAACACACUGCCGCCGAGAGCAAGAAGAGGAUGGCCGCCGGCGGAGAAGUCACUUGCUUGGCCGACGCUUGGAUCAAAGCCAUGGUCGAGGCCAGAGAGGGAGAGGCUGACAGCGAGUCUCGAAGAGUGCUUGUCAGGGACUACAGUGACAGGGAGAUUGGAAUGGUCCUGCUGAGCUUCCUCUUUGCAUCUCAAGAUGCCAUGAGCAGCGGCUUGACGUACCUAUUCCAGCACGUCGCCGAUCAUCCAGAGGUGCUUCGCAAGGUGCGAGAGGAGCAGUACAAUCUCAGAGGGCACGAUGUCACUGCGCCUCUGGACCUCGACACCUUGGAGAAGAUGGAGUACACCAGAGUCGUCGUCAAAGAGUCUUUGAGGCUGAAGCCUCCCGUCAUUAUGGUACCUUACUCUGCGCACCAAGAUUUCAAGAUCGACGAAGGAUACACUGUGCCCAAAGGAAGCAUGGUCAUCCCUAGUUUCUGGAAUGCCCUCCACGACCCUCAAGCUUACCCUGACCCUGAUGCAUUCAUCCCGGAGAGGUGGCAGCAAGGACCGCAGAGCCCCGCGGAGAAGCACCCCAGGAACUGGCUCGUCUUCGGCUCUGGACCUCACAACUGCAUCGGCCAGCAAUACGCUCUGCUGCACCUCACAGCUGUCCUUGGAUCUGCUAGCGUCCUGAUGAACUGGGAGCACGAGAUUACACCCAAGAGCGAGAAGGUCAGAGUGAUUGCCACAAUUUUCCCCCAAGAUGGUGCGCGCAUCAAGUUCACUCCGCGUGCUGCACCUGCGCCCGGAACUGCACCUGCUAUUGCCGCCGCAGCAUGAGCAUGACCCAAUUUCCCAUGACCAGCACCACGCUCGCAAUCUAGCCCUCCACCCUUGUGAGAGCAGCAUUAUAGCCCCUUGUAUACCUGCGUCGGUGAGCCCUUGCUGGAUUGCAACCCAGCUGCAAGCGGCUCCACCACUAGCGCCAGCAUCACUUCGCCUCCGCAGCUCGCCCCUCCUGUUGAGGCGUGCUAUCCUUCUCCCUCUAGAUUCUGUUUUGGAUCUGCCACCUCGAAUCUUCUCAAACAGCGCAAAGCAAGCUGGAGCCAAUGCCUGCGCGGCAGUGCCAGCAGACAUCCUCGUUGUCGAGCAAAGCAACUUUAGUAAGAUUCAUACCGUGAUACAUGGUUCGCCGCCCACAAGAGCUCUCGUCGUUAGUGAUGAUCCGACAUUCAUUUUUGGAGGGAAGUAAAGCCUGUCAUUUCGAGCCCUUCCUUUUGACGCGUAUGUGCUCGUCCUUGUGAGAUGUUGCGUCGCCCUGCAGCCUGG